GAAUUUAUCAAAAGCCGGUGUACUACGUUGUCUUAAGACAUUUUUGUAAAGAUUUAAUAUUUUUUGAAGUAAAAGUACACGAAAUUUUUGAAAUAAGUCAAUAUGGAACUCACGGAUGAUAAUUUGCUUACUCUUAGUGAAUAUUUAAAGCAUACUCUUAGCCCAGAUAUAAAUGUUAGAUGGCCAGCUGAAAAGUUUUUAGCAUCAGUUGAAAUAAAUCAAAAUUAUCCAUUACUUCUUUUACAUCUUGUGGACAAAUCUGAAAUCAAUAUAACUAUUAGAAUUGCUGGUGCAGUUGCAUUUAAAAAUUAUGUGAAACGCAAUUGGAAAGUGGUAAUUAUUCAAGAUUCUAUAGAUCGUAUACAUCCACAAGAUAGGGAAGCUAUAAAAAAAUUAAUUGUUAAUUUAAUGUUACAUUCUCCUGAUUCUGUUCAAAAACAAUUAUCCGAUGCUGUGUCAAUAGUUGGAAAAUAUGACUUUCCAAAUAAUUGGCCAGAACUUAUAGAUCAAAUGGUUGAAAAAUUCAAUACUGGAGAUUUUCAUGUUAUUAAUGGUGUUUUACAUACAGCACAUUCAUUGUUUAAGAAAUAUAGAUAUGAAUUUAAAAGUCAGAGUCUAUGGACUGAGAUAAAAUUUGUAUUGGAUAGAUUUGCUAAACCUUUGACAGAUUUAUUUGUUGCUACAAUGAACUUAAUACAAGUACAUGCAAACAAUAUAGAUGCAUUGAAAGUUAUAUAUAGUUCUUUGGUAAUUUUAUCCAAAGUGUUUUAUUCCCUUAACUUCCAAGAUUUACCAGAAUUUUUUGAAGACAAUAUGGCUGUGUGGAUGAGAAACUUCCAUAUAUUGUUGAAUACAGAUGUCUCUUCCUUACAAUCUACUGAUGAAGAAGAAGCAGGAAUAAUUGAACAGUUGAAGUCACAAGUCUGUGAUAAUAUUGGUCUUUAUGCUCAAAAAUAUGAUGAAGAUUUUCAACCAUACUUACCUGAAUUCGUAACUGCUGUGUGGAAUUUACUAACAUCUACAGGACAACAACCAAAAUAUGAUACUUUAGUUUCGAAUGCUCUGCAAUUUUUAGCAACAGUAGCUGACCGUGUUCAAUAUAGAAACUUAUUUGAAGAUCCAACUACUUUAAGUAACAUUUGUGAGAAAGUAAUAAUACCCAAUAUGGAAUUUAGAGAAUCAGAUAAUGAAUUAUUUGAGGAUAAUCCAGAAGAAUAUAUCAGACGAGAUAUUGAGGGCAGUGAUGUUGAUACACGAAGACGUGCUGCUUGUGAUUUAGUUAAAGUGCUUUCUAAACAUUUUGAAGCAAAAAUUAUGGAGAUUUUUGGUGCCUACAUACAAGUGAUGUUACAAAAUUAUGCUGAUAAGCCCACUGAUAAUUGGCGAAGUAAAGAUGCUGCAAUUUAUUUAGUCACUAGUAGUGCGAGUAAAGGUCAAACGCAGAAACAUGGUGUUACACAAAGUAGCGAACUUGUUCCAUUACCACAAUUUACAAUGCAGCACAUUGAACCGGAAUUAGUUAAACCAAAUGUGAAUGAAUUUCCUGUGCUUAAAGCUGAUGCAAUUAAAUUUAUAAUGACAUUUAGAUCAAUAUUGCCAAGGGAAAUGAUAAUUGGUAGUUUAUCACAACUAAUUAGGCAUUUAAGUGCUUCGAAUAUUGUAGUUCACACAUAUGCAGCUUGUGCAAUUGAAAAAAUACUUGCAAUGAAAGGUUCCGAUAAUUUACCGUUAGUGGAAGAAAAUGAUAUAUCACCACUGACAUCAGAUUUAUUAAAAGGUUUAUUUGCAUGUUUAAAUAUACCUGGCUCGGAAGAAAAUGAAUAUGUAAUGAAAGCUAUCAUGAGAAGCUUUGGUAUUUUACAAGAGGUGAUUGUACCAUUUUUAGCAGAUCUUUUGCCAAAACUUACAGAGAAACUUGCCAUUGUAUCUAAAAAUCCAAGUCGUCCUAACUUCAAUCACUAUCUCUUUGAAACAUUUGCUUUAUCGAUUAAAAUCGUUUGUAAAACACACAAAGUUGCAGUUUCUUCAUUUGAGGAAGCACUGUUCCCAAUUUUCCAAGAAAUUUUACAGCAAGAUAUUCUAGAAUUUUUGCCAUACGUUUUUCAAAUACUUGCUUUACUUUUGGAAUUACGAACGACUCAAGAUAUGCCAGAAGCAUAUUUGGCCUUGUUUCCUUGUUUACUAUCAUCCGUGUUGUUUGAACGUCAAGCUAAUAUACAUCCUUUGAAUCGAUUAUUAAGAGCUUUUAUUAGCCAUGGUGCACACCAUAUAGUAGCACAAGACAAGACAAAUGGUUUGUUAGGUGUAUUUCAAAAAUUGAUUGCAUCGAAGGCUAAUGAUCAUGAAGGUUUCCUGUUAUUACAAAGUAUCAUUGAACAUUUUGCACCGAAUGUAUUGGAACCAUACAUGAAACAAAUCUUUGUUUUACUAUUUCAAAGACUUUCGUCAUCAAAAACAACAAAAUUCGUAAAAGGUCUAAUUGUAUUUUUCGCGUAUUAUAUCAUUAGAUACGGUUCAAAUAGUUUGGUUACGAUUAUAGAUCAAAUACAAUCUCGAAUGUUCGGUAUGGUCGCAGAACGUGUAUUAAUAGAAGAUAUGCAAAAGGUGUCAGGUGAUAUUGAACGAAAAAUAACUGCAGUUGGAAUAUCAAAUUUACUAAUUGAUUGCCCUGCAAUGUUGGAAAGACCAUAUAGAACAUAUUAUCCUUAUUUAUUAGCAACGUUAGUAGAAUUUUUCGAAUUACCACAGGAUCAGUCUACAUUAUCCGAAGAUAAUAUAUUCCCAAAAACUGAGGAUAUGCCUGGAUAUCAAGUAGGAUAUAGUCAACUAAUUUGUGCAAAAACUCUUCCAAAGGAUCCUUUAGAAGCUAUAGGUGACGUACGUUUACAUUUAGCACAAGGAUUAGCAAGAUUAUCACCAAGGCAAUUACUUAGUAUUCUUGACGAAAUCCCAGAACCUAUCGCAAAUCUUCUAAGGAACUAUCUCCAAACGGUUGGCAUUACCGUUGCAUAAUACGAGCUAGACGUCCGAGAUAGAUUAAAAAUUCAUUUGAUUGCUCGGAAAAUAAACAACAUUGAACUGAAUAAAUUGUAACAAAGAGGAGAAAAAAAAGUUGUUUUUCCGGUAUUUGUGU